ACGUCUCGGUGUCUCGUCGCCGCCUGCUCCGUAUUUACACCACCGAGCGGCUAGCAGCUACAGCUUCCGAGACACCGCUCUGACCCACACAGGUCCGUCACAUUCGAGAAGAUGAACGCGCCGCCGCGCCCACCCUCGCCGGCGGCGACACCCCUGCAGUCCUGCGCCGCCACCACGUCGUCAGGUGUCGAUGUGGUCGCCAACGCGCCGAAGGAAGAAACGCGGGGCCGACUGCUCCUCCACGCCGCCAUUGACGGGAACCUCGACCUCCUCGCCAGGAUGGCGGUGGACUUGGAGGCGACGACGCGGCGCGGCGGGCCCGGCGUCUGGUCGACGUGCGGCCCCCAGGCGCUGCGCCUGGCCGCGGCCAACGGCAGGACGGUUGUCUGCCGGUACCUCGUCGAGCACCUUGCCGUCCCCGUCGACGCACCCUCCUCCUCCGGCGAGACGCCUCUGCUCCUGGCGGCCACGUCCGGGCACACCGCGACGGCCGCCUACCUCCUGGAGCGCGGCGCCGACCCGCGCACCGCGGAGAGCGACGGCGAGACCCCGCUCCACUGGGCCGCCUACAACGGGGAUCGCGAGCUGGCGAUGCUGCUCCUGUCGAGAGGCGCCGACGUGGGCGCGGCCAAUCCCAGGGGCACGGCGCUGCACGUCGCCGCGGCGCAGGCGCACCCGGCCGUCGUCGCCCUCCUGUUGAGCCACGGUGCCGAUCCGAACAAGGUUGCAAAUCGCGUCUUCACGCCGUUGGUCUCCUCGCUUCUCGGCGGCUCUUUGGAAUGCAUGAAGCUGCUCAUUCAGGCUGGUGCUGACGUCAAUGCCGGGGGACUCCAUGGAGCAAAAGCAACCCCUCUGUUGUUAGCAUGCAGCCGCCGCGGCAACAUCCCAUUUAUCAACUGCUUAUUGGAGGCUGGAGCAGACCCAAAUUUUACUGAUGAACUUGGUAGGUUACCUAUAGAAAUCGCCGCGGUUCAUGCUGAACAGGAAGUUGCUGAACUUCUGUUUCCUGUAACUCGCUGUCGACCGGCUCCAACCAUACUAGACUGGAGUAUCGGUGGGAUAGUGAGACAUGUAAACUCUGAUGCUUACAAGGAGUGGGAGAGAAAAGCCUCUCAUAAGAGGAAAGAAGAACUGAAACUGCAAGGAAACUCAGCCUUCAAAAUCAAGGACUACGACGCGGCCAUUCUUUAUUACAGCAUGGCGAUGAGAUUUGAUGAUGGCACAGAUGCCAGCUUAUAUUCAAACAGGAGCAUCUUUUGGCUCCGCCUUGGCAUGGGCGAUGAAGCACUGUCGGACGCUUGUGCCUGCAUCAGGAUGCGGCCUGACUUGGCCAAAGGCUACUUCCGCCAAGGAAUGGCCUUGUGUUUUCUUCAGGAUUAUGCUGGCGCUUCCGACGCACUUCUCAGGGCUUUGAAGCUUGAUCCGAAGGACACCACGAUCACCGAAGCCAUCCGCAUGAUGUGGUAUGUUCUAACUUCUGCAGGGAUGUCUCGGUACGCGCCGCGAAGCAUGUUUCGCCUUCACCGUCUUAAGGAAGGGAUGCACAGCAGUACUCAGGUUAUGGGGCUAAGCAUUUUGUGUUAGAACAGUGGACCGCGUAGGAGUUUUUUUGUGGAAGCACCAGUUAUUAAGGGCAGGCGAAAGCAGUGGCAGCCAGUGGAUUGCAAAUGCCGCCUGUUGGGUGGGCUGGUUUCUUUUGCUUCCGUUGGCAGUUAUCAAUGAAUGUAGUAAGCAUAUCCUAGAUCCUAGCUAUUACCUCCGUUCCGAAAUGCAGUAGCUUUCCGAAACAUACUACAUUUCGGAACACAGGUAGUAUAUGCUAUAAGUUUCACGUAUCCCAUGCCAGGUCAUUUGUCAUGUUCAGUUGAAGUUGGCACAUCGGUAAGAACUAA